AUGCAUGCGCUCAAAACACUCGACAAGCGACAAAACGACAGACAAGCGCGUAACAAACAAAACUCGGUUUUCCGAAGGAAGAAGCGUCAGCAGGAAGACCAGGAUCGCGAGGCGAUGGAAAAUCUGUACCGCGUAAACGACACACGGCAGUUCUACGAGAAGCUAAAUAGUUCGCGCAAGGGCUACGUGACGCAAGCCGAUAUGUGCAAGGACUUGGACGGUAACCUUCUCACGAACAAAUGUGAGGUGAUUGAGAAGAGGAAGCAGUACUAUGACGAGCAGCUCAACGAUGAUGCAGCAGAAACGAAGGUGGCAUGGCAACAGACCUUGGAGCACGCGCAGAAGACGACAGACUACCGGCCCCUGAUCUUCAAGAAGUUGAGGAGGAUAACGAACAACAAAGCAACUGGUGUAGAUCAACUACCAAGUGAGCUAUUAAAAUACGGUGGUGAGGCACUGGCUGGAGCGCUGCACUGGAUGAUUGCCAAGAUUUGGGAGGAGGAGAUACUACCGGAGGAGUGGAUGGAAGGUGUCACCAGCCUUCUCCAGACGUUGCGAUUAGAUGAAGAUCGGAAUAACUUGCGUCAGUACCGACAGGACAGCAAACCACUGAAACUGGCAGUUAGCGGACACUAG